AUGACCAGGAAGAGGAGAAGGCCGAUGUUAAAGAGAGCCGGGAGGGACAUCAUCAGGGCGAAAAGGAGGGUCCGGAUGCCCUUGGCGCCUUUGAUGAGGCGGAGGAUGCGGCCGAUCCGGGCCAGUCGGAUCACCCGGAACAGCGUCGGGGACACAAAGUACUUCUCGAUAACUUCCGACAAAAACAUACCUGCAAGAGCAAGACAACUCAGGUUCAGAUUUGUCGAUGAUGACACCGAUGAAAAGGUUGAGCGUGAAGAAGGAUCCGAAGAUGAUGAAGAUGACGAAGUAGAGGCACUCGCUCUUGUUGUUAACGAUGCUGAUGGGGAAGAUCUCGUCCGUGGUGGUGUUCACGCAGUGAUAGUACUUCCCAGCAAACAGGUUGACGCCCAUGAUGCUGAAGAUGAGCCAGAAGAUGAGGCAGACCAGCAGCACGUUCAUGAUGGAGGGGAUGGCCCCCAGCAGUGCGUUCACUACAACCUGGUGGAAGCAAACAGCCGAAUUCAGCAUUUUCCUUUAGCUCCAACAUGGCUCUGUCAUUACUCUAAAGGAAAUGGGGACAUCUGA